GGGCAGUUUGGCCGCCUGGUGCCCAUGGGGGAGGAUGGAGUUUCUCGGAACCUCCCAGACGGCCAGCUACUGUGGCCCCAAGAAGCCCUGCGUCCUGAUGGCGCCGCCCGAGGCGGUGCAGAGCCCGGGCGUCCACGAGUGCUACCAGCCCUACCACCUGCCGGGGUACCGCUACCUCAACUCGUGGAGACCCAGCCUCUUCUACAAGGUCUCCGACGGCCAGGCCUGCCCGGAUGAGUGUCGCCGCAGCCCCCUGCGCCCGCCCACCAUCCUGCCCGCGCUCCGCUCCGCGCUCUUCUGUCGCUACAGUGCCCAGGACUGGGACCAGGCCACCCAGCUGCAGCUGCGGGGCGCCGAGGCCUCGCGGCUGUGGGCUGGCCGGCUGACCGGCGACACCAUGAGGCUCAUGCAGGACAAGGACCAGCUGACGCGCCAGAUGCAGGAGGGGACGUCCCGGAACCUGGGCCAGAGACUGACGGACAUCGGCUUCUGGAAGUCGGAGCUGUGCUACGAGCUGGACAGGCUUCUGACGGAGAACCGCAGCCUGGACACCCUCAAGAGGCGGCUGGAGUGCGGCGCCGAGGAGCUCAACUGUCCGCUGCAGGUGGCCCUGGAGUGUCUCUACCAUCGAGAGAAAAGGAUCGGGAUUGAUUUGGUCCAUGACGGCGUGGAGAAGAACCUUAUCCGGGAAGUAGAUUUGCUAAAAUGUUGCCAAGAACGGAUGAGACAAUUAGCUCAACGGAUCGACAUCCAAAUGCGGGAUAACCGAGAUGCUCAGCACGCCCUGGAGAGAGACAUAGAGGAUAAAAACUCUGCCGAGUGUAUCGACGAGCAGUGCUUUAACCUGAGGAACACGUCGGACUGCAUCUCCUUCUUCCACGGCGUGGARAAGUGUGACGGCACGAUCUCCGUGCCUGACACCUGGGCCAAGUUCAGCAACGACAACAUCAGGCACUCUCAGAACAUGCGGGCCAACUCCAUCCGGCUGCGGGAGGAGGCGGAGCACCUCCUGGAGAGCCUGUCSGACCAGCUGUGGAAGCAGUUCACGGACACCAACCUGGCCUUCAGCGCCCGCAUCGCCGAGGAGACAGAGGCCAAGAACAAGCUGCAGACACAGCUGGCCAAGACGCUGCAGGAGAUCUUCCAAGCGGAGAACACCAUCAUGUUGCUGGAGAGGGCCAUCAUAGCCAAGGAGUGCCCGCUGAAGGUGGCGCAGACCAGGCUGGCAUGCCGGAACCGGCGCCCCAACGUGGAGCUGUGCAGGGACAUCCCGCAGUUCAAGCUCGUGAACGAGGUGUUCACCAUUGACGACACCCUGCAGACCCUCAAGCUGAGGCUGCGAGAGACCCAGGACACGAUACAGCUGCUGGUGAUGACCAAGUCCCGGCUGGAGCACGAGCUGGCCAUCAAGGCCAACACCCUGUGCAUCGACAAGGAGAGGUGCAUGUCCAUGCGCAAGGCCUUCCCCAGCACGCCCCGCCUGAUGGGCCACACCUGCUCGGCCCCCGUCAGCCCUUGCGCCUGCUCUGCUCGGCAUCCGGGAAAGUCCUGGCCUCUCUUCCCGGGAGACCCUCACUGGGGACGACGGGCCUCUGAAGGCCUGGGGCCCUGGCAGCGGGAGGGGCGGACGAGCCCGGGCCUGCGUCUGCCCGUCCCAACGGUCCCAGCUGGCCUGUGGGUGGUGCGGUCCGACGGGUCGGGCGAGUGCCGGGCGUGGGCGUCCAUCAGCGCUGACCCCGUGAGGCCAGCCCAGGAGACGUGGARACCCGCACCUCUCCAGGACCAGGGCGGGCGGGCGCGGGCACCCGAGCUGGCUCCCAGGGGUGCCACCCUUGGGGUGGAGGAGGGAGCGCUCUGGGCUGGAAAGGCACAGCCCGGAGGCCAGGGCUUGGGUGAGAUGGUGGAUGAGGCUGGAGAGAAGCCUCCAGGGCGGAGCAGCGAGUUGGGGGGGUCACUAAGGAGGAGGAGCCCCCAGACCCUAGAGUCUGGCUCUGGCCACCGGCUUCAUUACCUGAACCUCGGUUCCCCAAGCUGUCGAGUGGAGAUCACCGUCUGCUUCCCGCAGGUCUUCAGCACGUAG